ACACUUCACUCGUCCAUUUUGGAAGAAGCGACAUUUUCAAGCCUCCCAUCAAUUUACUUACUAGCGGGUCCUGUUUAUCAACCGAAGUUCAAAGGGAAACACUGAAAAUCCAUGAUGAAUCAGGAGGUUGUACUGGUCACAGGCUGUGUGUCUGGACUAGGUCUACAUACAGCCGCACGCCUAGCCCAAGACCCAGACCAAAGAUACAUCGUGAUAGCGACCGUCGUCUCUCUCGCGGAGAAAGACGAUCUCGUUGCUGCCAUUGGAGCACAUCUUGAGAACACUGCUUACAUCAUGAAGAUGGAUAUCACCAAAGAUGAGGAUGUACAAAGCGUAGUUCAAACAGUUCUACAUAGAUUCGAUCGGAUCGACAUACUACUAAACAUUGCUGGAAUAGGAUCGUGCGGUUAUAUGGACACCAUGCCUAGAUCAACGAUAGAGGGAAUGUUUAACAUCAACACCAUAGGAGUAAUCCGACUUACCCAAGCCGUUAUGCCUCACAUGAAACAAAGACACAAGGGCAAGAUACUAACUGUCAGCAGUAGAGGUGGUAGAACAGGGAUUCCUCUACUGGAAGUAUACUGCGCUUCAAAGUUUGCAAUUGAGGGUUUCUUCGAAUCGCUGGUACCAGUUGCGAGGCAGUUCAGCAUCAACAUCGUCAUGGUUGAACCCGGUGGAAUGAAAACCCAGCUUCAGGAGAGGCUCUUUGGGGACCUAGAAGACGUCGCCGCCGACGAAUCCGUGAACGACCUUGAUAGGUCUUUCGCUCGGAAUUGGAUCGAUGAUCUGAAGACCAAAAAGCCAUCUAUGACGCCAGACGAAGCAGCCGGCAAGCUUGUUGAGAUUCUACAGGCAGAGAAGCCGAGAUUUCGAUGCACCUUACCCGAGAGUUUAGGGGAUGAGAUAGCCAGUAUCAUGGCGGAAGAAUCGGGAGAACUUGGGAUCGCAUUGAACGUGAAGCGUAUUGUGAAGGCAGAGAAGUGAGAGAAUGAUAACAUUUGAUGAUCAUCCAAAUGUAUGUGUGCGUGCCUGUGUGCCAAUGCGCGUGUGUCAGGGGGUGUGCGAUGAGGAUGUAGCAGCUGCUCCCCAAAAGUCAGGGUAAUAUGCCGCAUAAAAAGUGCACCCAGCGACUUAUGAUAAAGUAAGUAUUAAACGCUGUAAUAAGUAAAUAUAAUUAUUAUCAUUAUAUCCGUUAUGAUUGUAAAAUAUAUUUAAAGUAUAAAAUAAUUGUGUAUUGUUUAGCUGAACUCUACUCACAAUAUUAUAUUAAGGGCAUCCCUCCAUUUUGUAACGUUAGUUCACUGGCGGAUCCAGGGGGGGGGGGGCACAGCGCUGGUCCGUGUGCCCCCCCCCCCCUCAUUGAGAAGCAAAACAAUUUUUUUUCUUGCUUUUUUUAUUGUCAAUUUUUCUUCUGGGACGAAAUAUCCUAACUUUUUGGAUGAAAACCUUUCUUUUUUGCUUGUCAAAUUUUUCCUCGGAAAAAAUGUGCCCCCUUUUGGAAAAUCCUGGAUCCGCCCCUGCGUUCGUUCAUGCAUUACUUUUAUAUUUUUCUGACGUAAUGCCUCUCGAUUUCGAUAAUCAGAAUAAAAGUUCAUUCUGAAGUUGAAACACACGUGUUCUCAAUAUACUGCAUUACUGUACAAUGCGUAUCAAAAAAAGUUUACACUUAGAAAAAAUCCUGUAAAAUUGUACAUUUGUAAUAUCCUGAAGAUUUUUCCACAUUCUAACAUUAGUACAGAUCCAUUUAAGCAAAUGACGAUAUAACUGUCGAAAAAUAUUUCCGCUUGAGUGAGCACCACUUACUUUGGAAAAGUUAGUGAAAAAUGAUUUGCGCAGAACUUUGAAAUAGUUAUGCAAAUAAAAGUAACCUUAAUCAUGAAGAUCACGGGGAAUUUAGCUAGUAAAAAUGAUUUGAAGAUAUCUUUUACCUUUUUAACUUGUUUCCUUGCCCAAAACACUUCGAAGAGUGCAUUGCACCCCAUCCACUCCCCCACCCACCAAGGCCAUCGUGACGAUAUUUACUUUACACUGAGCUGUGAUUUACAUGAAAUGGCUAAGGCUUGAUUUUCAUUUUGUUAAUCAUCGUCAAGCUUGGAAAAAGUGUGGAGAAACAAGAAUUGAAUGACAAAUGAAAUGUAAACCCAUUUUAAAUGAUAAAAACUUAGUGAUAAAAUGCUGGAGAUGUCUGAUAUAAGUUUUUGUUCAGAUUUAGUUAAAGAGAAAUUCCAGUAGUUGCAGUAAACACUGAUUUCAUGAGAAAGUCUGUAAAACCAGGCUUAAUUGUCAGUAUAUCAUCGAGGAUCUAGAUCUGGUACAGUUACAUAAACUGAACUUUGUGAAAUCUUGAAAUCUACGCUGAAAAAUGUUCAGACUGAACUUCCCCAACACAGAUAAGCGCACGUGGGACAGUGUAUAAUUAUUGCUUUGAGCGUCGGGCCCGACGCUCUACCCGAAUCCUGUGCUUAUUUGCUGAUUUCUCAGCAAUUACACAAUUUCUUCCAGAAUCAUUUGGCACAUGCGUUUUAUUUAUACAAACAGACACUUUGGUGGUCAUUUCAUUGGAUUCUGUACGAACUAAUUUUGAUAUCGUUACCAAAACUAGCAUUUACCUUUAAGUCCUCAGAUCCAGCUGGCACAAAAAGGGUAAAGGUUGUGCUUGCUAUAAAGUGUUGAAAUUUCAAUUUGGGUGGCAAAAUUGUUACAAAAUGCUUGAAUGUAUCCGUUUUAUUUCAAUUGACUAACAGUGCAAGGGAAUUUUAUGAGAAAUGUUUCGCAGGGUAAGUUUGAUUUCGCCCUUUCACCUUGACACAGCGUGCAGGCAAACCAGCAUUUCUGCGCAAACAGAUUUCUGCGAGCUUUACAAAUAUGGACAGUGCUCACUCAAGUGUAACAUUCUGUCAAAACUUUUACUUUCAUUGGAUAGAUGAGACCCAACCCAAGAUUAUAUGUGAAUAAAUUACCCACAUAUUUUAUAUUUUUAAUUCCCAGGGCUUUUUCAAAGUGUAAACUUUUUUUUGAUACGCACUGUAGAGCGCGUAGAGACUUUUGAUGAAGCUUUAGAGCGAUAUUCAUAAGCAAGGAUAUUUAUUGUAAUUUCCGUUUUCGAUUGCAAAAUGUAGUUAAAGUGUGAAAUAAUGAUGUAUUGUUUAUCUGGACUCUACUUAUAUCAGUUUAUUAAGGGUAUCACUAUAUUUUUCCCCAUUCGUUAUAAUUUCCUGACGUAAUGUAUCGCCAUUGUUAGGAUUUUGUUGGCUCUAUUUUGAUGUUCCUACAGUUGAAACACACAGCUGCUUCGCCAAUUUAAGCCAGGUAAACGCUGCCUAACUGAGAGCGCUUAGAGAAAAGCGCUAUUAGUAAACAUAAUUAUUAUUUCUGUUUAUGAUUGUAAAAUAUAUUGUAAGUAUCAAGUAAUUUUGUGCUGUUUAAAAGACCUGUCAAUGGACUCCACCUACAUUAGUUUAUUAAGGGUAUUCCUCCCUUUUCAACGUUCUUUACAUUAUCUUUAUUAUUUUCCGACGUAAUGUAUCGUUAUUAUCAUGCCUCAACUUCAUUAUUUCGAAAGUUGAAGCACACAGCUACUCUGCUAAAGCCAUGUUAAUCAUGUUAAUUAUGAGCACUGCAAACCGAGAGCGCUUAAAACUACCGAUAAAGUAAAAGUUAAAAAGCGCUGUAUAAGGAUCGAGUAUUAUUUUUUUUAUGAUUGUUAAAUAUAUUCCAAAGUGUGAAAUAAUUGAAAGUCAAUUAAUUUGAAUACCUGGAUUGUAUGAGUAAUAUGAUAUCCAGAAAUCUGAAUUGACGUGGUUUGAAAACCACGAGUCGUUCCCAGCGUUUAAACUGUCAACGAAUCGCGAUGUGGGCCGAAAGGCUAACCACAUGGGUCUAUGUGGCCCCCCCUACUUUUUGUUGUUAUGAUUUAAAUCUUACAAAAUACAAACAAAGUAUGUGCCUUCAUGCAGAUGGUAGAACACUCUUUUGUAAAGGUAAAGACAUAUCACUUCGAUCCUGUCAAUUCUGGUUUAUCUACAAUCGGAAUUUCAAAACGCAAUAUUAUGGGCAUUCCCAUUUCACAAGCUGAUUCGCAUCAUGACAAUACGGUUCUGAGGGUUUCCUCUGAAAGACAGCUGAAAGUUACAUGACUAUAUUUCUCCUUAUGAUUAUUCACGUACUUUUUAAAAUGUACUGUAUUAUGUUUCGACGUAAAUUGAAUCGUAUUUUUAUAACGACUUUAUGAUGCAUUUAUUGUAUUUACGGUGCUGCUAUCGUGGAAAUAAAUGUAAUUCAAUUAAAUGAAAUGGGUUGCAAUGA